GCAAACAGGUGUCAGUGAGUUGACAGCUUUGGGGGAGGGAAGACGCACCGAUAUCGCUCUGUAUUCAGAACAUAAGAGGCAUAAUGAGUGAUGCAACAAUGCGUGUAUUGGUUACUGGAGGUUCGGGCCUGCUUGGUCGGGCUGUCAUGAAGGUGUUUAAGGAGAAAAAUUGGAACGUGCUUGGAACAGCAUUUUCAAGAGUUGGCCAAGGCCUGGUGAAGUGUGACCUGACAGACAGCAGCUCAGUCAAGGCUCUGAUCGACAAGGAGAAGCCUGAUUUCAUCAUCCAUGCAGCAGCCGAGAGAGCUCCAGACGCUGUCGAGAAUAGAUAUGAGGAGACACGGAAGCUCAACGUUGCAGCAUCAGGCCAUCUGGCAGCAGUUGCAAAGCGCUGUGGAAGUAAACUCAUAUACAUUAGCACAGAUUAUGUGUUUGAUGGAACGUCGCCCCCGUACAGAGAGACAGACACUUGCAAUCCCUUGAAUAAAUAUGGGCAGACAAAACUGGAUGGAGAAAAAGCCAUUUUAAAAGAAGAUCCAAGCGCUUGCAUCCUAAGAGUUCCAAUCCUGUAUGGUCCUGUUGAGAAAGUGGACGAGAGUGCCGUGACGUGCCUGCUGCCACUUUUACAGUCGAAGGUAUCCAAGAAAGUCUCCCAUUACGAGAAGCGGUACCCUGUCCAUGUCAGGGACGUGGCACUCAUUUUGCGGGAUCUUGUCAGUGCCAUCAGCAAGGACAAGGAAAUCAGCGGAAUAUUCCAGUGGAGCGGAAAGGAGCAGCUGACGAAAUACGACAUGAUUGUGGCCAUGUCUCGGGUGCUGUCCCUCUGCCACGACCAUAUUACGCCCGACCCCAACCCAGCUCCCGGUGCCCCCAGACCCUACGAUGCCCACAUGGAUUCGUCGCGCCUUGAGUCCCUUGGGAUCUCACACCACACGGCCUUUGACGUUGGGAUCAAGGAAUGCCUUAGUCCCUGGUUAGUGUAGAGGAAUGGAGAGAGGAGGGGAGUGGGGUUUCCUAGAAGUUGAAAGACUAAUUGUUGCUGUUAUUGUUGUUAGGGAUAUUUUAUUGUACAGAUAUGCAAGUAGAGAGUAACUUUAAGAAAUACUUUAGCAUGAGUUAGAAAGAAAAAAUUAAGCUGUUUUGUUUUGAUUAGUGAUUUAUGCAUAUAUUUUCAAUAUAAUUUUUUUUUUAGGUUUGGUUUAUUUAUUAGUUU